AUGUAUUAUUUGUCCUGCAGGUUUUUGACUGGCUUGGAAUUUCGAGAGUCGGCGGCACUGAUCAGUCCAAAAUGUGAGAUCGAAAUUCGGCCAAAUAUGGUUUUCAUUGUUUGUGUCGGUUUGCAUGGCCUGGUAAAUCCAGAAGCAAAAGAUGAGCAGUCGAAAACGUCGGCUGUGCUGCUGUCCGAUACCGUUUUGAUUUCUGCGGAAGGUGCAAACGAAAUUCUCACAGAAAAGGCGAAGUCGCGCUUGAAGUCAAACACUAUUCGAUUCAAAUCAGUUCCGGAAACGUCAGAAGGUGACGACAACAAGAAUAAAACAACAAAUGAAGACAAGCGUAAAGAGCACCAGAAAGAAUUGGGGAAACGGCUGAAUGAAUCGGCACGUGAACGAUUGGCUGACCAAACGGACCAAAAGGAUGUGAAGAAAAUCAAGAAAUCUAAUAUAUCCUACAGGAAUUAUGAAAGAUUUCCUAAGGAAGCAGACGUUGACAAGCUGCAAAUUUAUGUUGAUCGUCGUCACGAUUCUGUCAUUCUGCCAAUUUUUGGCGUCCCGGUGCCAUUCCAUAUUUCGAUGAUCAAGAAUACCAGUCAGUCUGUGGAAGGCGAUUAUACUUAUUUGCGGGUAAAUCUCAUGCAUCCUGGAUCACAGAUUGGAAAGGAUCAGCUGCUGUUCCCCAGUCCUUUGUGCACAUACGUCAAAGAGUUGUAA